UAGUAUUGACUUUCAUUUCUUUGACUAAACGAAGAGAAAUGUGUAAUUUGAUUGAGUGGAAAGAAGUAUUUGUAAUAAUGUUUGAAUCAUUUUUUCUGGUUUGCCCCACAUCCAAAAGUAUGGGAUUCGUUUGGAGCGCUUUGGGGUUCAAAAACACUGGAAGAACUGACGAUCCUGAUCCGGUGACAGGACUGACGUCUAGAGACAGAUAUCUAGUGAAGAGUUCUUACGAAGCUGUGAGGAAAAACCCAGUGGAAAGCGGCGUCAGUUUAUUGAAUUUGUUGUUCAAGAAUCACCCAGAAGCAUUACAACUAUUUCCAUUCAAAGAUAUCCCACUGGAUGAGUUACCAAAAAACCGCAAGUACCAAGCACACUGCAACAGUGUCAUUUAUGGAUUCAGUGCAAUAGUUGACGCUAUUGACGAUGUAGAGUUGCUAGUUCCUAUCCUAAAUAAAGUUGGAGAAUCCCAUCAGCCUAGGAAAGUAAAUGAAGAAUCAUUUUUGCAACUCAAGGACACCAUUAUAGAGUUGUUCUCGACAUUUAUGACCCCCCUGGAAAUAGCUUCAUGGAAGAAAACUCUAGAUGUAGCAAUUAGUGUGAUAAACAAAGCUGUCAAAGAUAAGGCAGCGGCGUAAGAUAGCUAAUAUUAUAGAUUGUUUUACUGAAUGUUAUAUUGUGCAAUGUAAUUUUUUUACGUUAACGACUAUAUUGUCAAAUUCGACUCAAAUUUCUAUUUUUGAAUAAACUAGUUUGAGAAAAA